AGCGUUCAUCUUCUAGAGUCUUGGCUUUGAAAAUAAUGGCACCCUUAUAAUAGUAUUCAUGCGUUCAUCUUCUAGUCUUGGCUUUGAAAAUAAGGGCACUUGGCGCCCAGAAUAAAAUCGGCAUAUGCCCGUCAUUACACCACGUACCUGUCAUUGUGACUAGCAGCAGUGCAUGGCCCCAUUCCUCCCCCCUAUAUAUAUUGAGGGAUGGAGAUGCCAAAGACACUCACCCCAUACCCUUACUUCACCCAUAUCACAUCCAUCCCAUAAGCUCAAACCAUCAAAAAAUCAUCUUCCAUCACCAUGGAGAGGAAGUCACUCACCCUUUUCUUCACCAUACUGCUCGUCCUCUUUGCCACUCAGGAAAUGAUGGUGCCAGCUGAGGCAAAGGUGUGUGAGGUGCUGAGCGGGAAGUUCUCGGGGCCGUGCAUUGGGAACGACAGACAAUGCGACAACGUUUGCAGGAGGAUUGAAGGCGUCGGGUUCUUCGGAGGGAGAUGCAAGGGACUCCAGUGCUACUGCAAGAAGAACUGUUAAAUUAAAUGUGCUAAUUAAUUAAUUAGUUGGGUGUCUCGUAUAUUUUUAUAUAUAUGGGUCACUUUAAUUAAUUAAUUAAUUAAUUAAGCAAUAAAUAAAAAUAAAUGUAGAAUGAAUAAAGAUCUCCCUUCAAGCAGCUACCUAGGUAGUUGGUUGGGGAGAGAAUCACAAGCUUGCAGUUUCCUGCAUGCUGCUUUGUUGCUCGUCAUCUCGCUGUGACUUUCUUGAUGUGUGAACUGUGAAACAUGUGUUACUUUUAAUUUGUAUUGAAUAAAAAUCACUCCUUUAUAUAAA